CGGCUGUGUCAGUGCGCCGCAAAUCCCAGCAGAGGGAGAGAGGGAGAGAGAGAGAGAGAGGCUGCCUGGCUGUGUGCGCUGCGACUCAACCCAUCACCACCGGCGGGGGAGGCUGCACCUUCUGCCGAGCACGGACCUGAACCAGCGGGGCUCGCCUCCGGAGCCCUCCAUAUGGGCUCACCAUGCGCAGGAUUCGGGCCAACGCCAUCGCGAUUCUGACCGUAGCGUGGAUCCUGGGCACGUUUUAUUACCUGUGGCAGGACAACAAGCCCCAGACGUCGCCUUCGUCGUCGGUGGCGCAGACCCGAGGCAGGAGCCAUGGGCAGAAGGGGGUCUCCGGCCGGCUGGAGAUCCACCGGGACGAUAGGACCAUCCCGCUGAUAGUGACCCAGCCCCCACGGCCAGAGACACAGAGCCAGCUGCUGGGCUCCUUUGAUGAGAAGGCAUACCUGGCUGGAAAGCAGCUAAAGCCAGGGGAUGAUCCGUACAGAGAGCAUGCCUUUAACCAGCAGGAGAGCGACCGGCUGGGCAGCGAGCGAGCAAUCAGGGACACCCGACACUACAGGUGUGCUUCUCUGAAUUAUGACACGGACCUUCCGGCCACAAGCAUCAUCAUCACUUUCCACAAUGAGGCUCGCUCCACUCUCCUUCGCACCAUUAAAAGUGUCCUGAUGAGAAGUCCUCCAUCCCUGAUCCAAGAAAUAGUCUUGAUCGAUGACUUCAGCUCUGACCCUGAGGACUGCCAGCUGCUCUCUCAGAUCCCAAAAGUGCGCUGCCUGAGGAACGGCAGGAGAGAGGGUCUGAUCCGGUCACGUGUGCGAGGAGCCAACACGGCCUCGGCCUCCAUCUUGACCUUCUUGGACAGCCACUGCGAGGUCAACACUGAUUGGCUGCAGCCGAUGAUCCAGAGAGUCAAGGAGGAUCAUACUCGAGUGGUCAGCCCCAUUAUCGAUGUCAUCAGCCUGGAUAACUUUGCCUACUUGGCUGCUUCUGCAGACUUGAGAGGAGGGUUCGACUGGAGUCUUCACUUCAAAUGGGAGCAGAUUCCCAUCGAGCAGAAAAUGGCGAGGAGUGACCCAACACAGCCAAUCAGGACUCCCGUCAUCGCUGGAGGGAUUUUUGUCAUGGACAAGAGCUGGUUCAACCACCUGGGCCAGUAUGACACCCACAUGGACAUCUGGGGAGGGGAAAACUUUGAGCUUUCUUUCCGGGUGUGGAUGUGUGGAGGAAGCCUGGAGAUUCUUCCUUGCAGCCGCGUUGGUCACGUGUUCAGAAAACGACACCCGUAUGACUUCCCAGAAGGCAAUGCUCUCACCUACAUAAAGAACACACGGCGGGCAGCAGAGGUGUGGAUGGAUGAGUACAAACAGUACUACUACUCUGCGAGGCCGUCAGCCCAGGGAAAGGCCUUUGGCAGCAUCACAGACCGCCAGACACUGCGGCGGAAGCUGGACUGCAAACCUUUCCGCUGGUACAUGGAGAACGUCUAUCCUGAGCUCAGGGUCCCCGAGCAGGAAGCCGUGUCCAGUGUGCUCAAACAAGGAGGUCUGUGUCUGGAGACCCGCGGGACGGACGGCCUUGGGCUGGCAGAGUGCAGGGGCAUCGGAGCGAACAGGCCACAGUCACAGAAAUGGGAAUUAAUAGAGCCACUGAUCCGACAGCAGGACCUCUGCCUGGCCAUCUCAGCCUUCACAGCGGGCUCAAAGGUCAGGAUGGAGUCCUGCAAUGCAAAGGAGCCCAGACAGAAGUGGAAGCCCAGAGGCUCGGCUCUGCAGCACAUGGUCAGCGGCCUCUGCCUGGACAGUCAGACCCCGACGGGCCCUCCAGUCAUUUCACAGUGUCGCCCCCUGGUGGCCGGCCAGUCCUGGGAGCCUCAAGUGAUCACCUGAGCCACGUUGGACUGAAGGGUGGGGUGGAGGGGGACGGAUUCUGGACCUGGCCUGCGGGAGGACUGGCCUGCUUUCUGACUGUGGCCUCGCUGAAGGAGGAGCGAGUGAGAACUGAACUUCUGUGAUGUCAACUUCAAGAUCCUCACUGAAAACAUUUGAUGGCCUUUUUGACACGGACAUGAGGGUCUUUUUGUGUACAGUGCUCCAUCCCUUGAGGAUGCUGCGGUUCUUCUACGUAAUCUAAGCUUUCCACUGAAAACCGUUGCACAUCUCACGUUUCAUUUCUGUAUCUUUCCUGGUCAACUUUAGUUUCUUUAUGCAGUAGUAAGGAUUACCUCGAGUGCAUACUGUUCUGUAGCAAAUGUGUGGAGGUGCAUCUGACCUACGCUGAGUCGACGCCACUGCUCGUCUGGUGCCCAAUUUAAGGUCGAGGCAUGUCAGAGGACCAUGUGGACCAGGGCAGCUUUAUGUAUAGCCAACCUUAAUCUGAGCUUUUUUUUAAUGCAGUCUUGAAAACACCAUGCAAAGCACUGUCAGGAAGAUUAUUUAUUGUUUUGCAUGGUCAGACCCAAAGAAUGUUUUUGUUUUCUGUCUCUCAACAAAGUUUUAUGUAAAUAUUUGAAGCAGAUAAUGGCCUGGAUUUUGUGCAAAGUAAUCUAUAUGUUGUUUGAAAAAAUAAAAUGUGGUACUAAAGAAAGUA